AAGAAACUCGUAAAACAAGUGCUAAAAUAGUUCUGCAUUAGUGAUAUUAUACAUAUUUUGUGUGUAUAUUUACUAAUUCGGUACAACUCGUGACAACUUUGUAAACAAGUACAUCUUUUUAUAAACGCCGCUAUAAAUACAUGUUAUCUGGUAAUUGAAUGAAGUCUAAUGAUUGUUCUAUGUACAUUUUCAAUUAUUCCUUGAACUUACUCUACCAUCACCUACUUCACGUCUUGUUUUAUAUAAAUAAAUACAUUUGUACAUUAGGGUCUUCUAAAUAUGGGUCAAAGAUGGGAUAAUUUACAAAUAUAUUUCAACAUCCAUGUUUAUUGUCAACAAUGUUCAUAUCUGCGUGUAGUGUUAAUCUAAAACUAUGUAAUGAAAUUGGAUGCAACGUAACCUGUCAUUGGAUAUGCUAGUAAGAAGGCUCACCAGGUCGUUGUGGAACACAGUGCGUGUGGAGAAGAGGACGCUUGCAUCAGAACCCUCAAAACCACAGCCUGUAGAAAAAGAUGGAGUUGAUGCUGUGCAGUUAGAAGCUCUAGACAGGGACAUAUGCCUGGUAGUUGAUGAGAAGGACAACUUUCUUGGUACAGCUACUAAGAGGGAGUGCCACAAAGUGGGGGAUGAUGGCAAGAUCCUGCUGCACCGUGCCUUCAGUGUGUUCCUGUUCAACAAGAGAGGGGACAUGUUGCUGCAGAGAAGAUCUAGUCAAAAAGUGACAUAUCCUGAUUACUACUCGAAUGCCUGCUGCAGCCACCCAUUGUAUUUAGAUGACAAGGCUGAAGACGUCAUCACAGCCGCGCGGCGCAGGCUCCACCACGAACUGGGCAUCCCCUUAGAUCAUAUGGACCCCGAGUUGUUCACUUUCAUGACCCGCGUGCACUACCACGACCCCGGCGACGGCGUGUUCGGCGAGCACGAGAUCGACCACGUCCUCUUCUUCCAGGGCGACGUCAAGGUCAAACCGAACUCCAACGAAAUCUCCGAGUACUGCUUCGUGCCUAAAUCUGAAUUUAACGCGUACCUCCCGACCCUGGAGGGGCCCAUCACGCCGUGGUUCAACAUGAUCCGUCGCCAUCGACUGAAGCUCUGGUGGGACAACCUGCACCGGCUGAAGGAGCUCGCGGAACCCGACAAGAUACACAAGUUUAUGACUGAAAAUACUAAAUAGGCCUCCCCGCCUUAUCGUAGAUGUAGAACAGUUUUAUUUUAUUAUAACAAGGAGUAUGGAGCGAUUUUAUUCAGGCAACGCUUUGUUCUUUGUCAGAAGAGAGGUAAAAAAAAAUACAGCUUUUGCCUUUAAGAUAGUUUAAGAAAUCGACCUGGGUUCCAACCAUAAGCGGGUUCAUAGUUUAUUUUAGAUAUAACUACCUCUUGCACUUGUAUGCACGGAAAGCUUUUAUUAAUUUAGGUUUUUAUCAAAAUGAAAAUGGCAAAAUCGCUCUUAGUCCUUUGUGUUUAUUUUCAUGAUUUAUUAUAAAGCUGUACAUAUUUAAUUCUAUAAGUAAAUACGGGUGCUUUCACAUUGUUUAAAUCAGAUUAAUUGAAGAGGAAAGCCCUCGUUAGAUUGGAAAACUAUGCUAUGUACAUUUCUAUGAUGAUUACAAUAAAUAUAUUUAUUAUUAUUUCA